UUCCUCCAUUGCUUUGAUUGUAUUGCGAUUGAAUCCAGUUGAAUUUGUGCCUGUAUUACAACCCACCCCGGUGUACCAUGUCAGCAGAGGACCUUUUUGUUGGGGAUUCCGCCGAGGAAGAAUCCUUUCGAGAAAACAAAUCAUUCAGCAAGUACCGGGAAGCACAGUCGAUUAUGAUUGACGAAACUGAUUCGGAGAUGGAAGUUGAUUCGACUGCAAGCAGGUCCGAAAGCGACGAGGAAAGUGAGGAGGAGCGUAUGGUGCACCGCAUGAAGAAACGCCAAAGUAUGCGAAUGUCGCUGCACCCGCCGAGACGGGAGGAUAGUGAUAGUGAGGAUGAAUCGGAAGCGAAAAGUUUUCUCGAUGCCUCGGCACAGGAAAGUGUAUUGACCGAUGAUGAGGCCGAGGACGAAGCGGAACGGCAGCUGGAAAAUCGAGCCUAUUCGCCGUCGACUCGCAUGAGUAUGCAUGGUGUGUCGGCGGUUUUGUCUAGCGGUCAGGAAAGCGACGAUGAACCAUUAAUUACGCAUGUAAAAGCUCGAAAACCCGUUCGAGCUAUCAUUUCAUCCGAUGAUGAUGACGACGGUGAUGAGGAUGAUGCGUCGGACAAGAAUGAUGAUGAUGGUGCGACUAAACAUCAAAACCCAAGCCGGGAAAAAGAAACGCCGGAAAAUGGUAGUUCGUUCGAUGAAUCGCUUCCGUUGCGUAGCUUUGACGCGGAAAACGCUCCCGUUAAAGAUCGUAACGGCAAUAGCUCCGAUGUUAAGGAAGCGGAUGAUUCCAUUUCCACUAAACUCUCGUCGACGUUAAAAACGGAUGAGGAACGAUCCGAGGGCGAGGUAUCUUUCGCCGGACGUCAUUCGAUCAGUGUCCGUGCGUCGAUAGGUGAGAAGCUUUCGUCCACUCAUAUCGCGCAAAAUAACGAGGUCGAGGAUCGUGGUGACCCGGUCCAAGAAGGCAGCGGCAGGGAUGAAUCAAGUAGCCUUAAAUUGAUCGAAAAGUCGACUGAGAUUCUUACCGUAAGUAGCGACGAUGGGGAUGACGAUGUGAAGUUCCAGGGUGAAACAAAACCGACCGUUCAACAACCGGUGCAAAGACGGUCGGUACAGAAUCUCGUCCAGCCGACCAUAACGGCGUUUGUACGCGGUCCGGUUGAACGUGUUUCUCAGAGUGAAUACGAUGCCAAGGUGCGCCAGAUGGCGGACCUGAAGAGUCAGCUGGUGAUGCUCGAAGGGGUCCUUAAAAACGGCGCCAGAUUGCCCGAUAAAGGGGCCGGCCUUGUCCGGCGGCUGGCCGAAAUAAAGGCACAGAUUUUCGAACUAGCCAAAGUGAUCGAGGUAACGCGUGCGACGCCACGCAAGAACAUCAAGCAGGCGAUCCGGCAGAGUUUCGACAAUUCGUUGCAAAGUGUGGAAAACUCACGCAACACCAGCGCAAACAGCAGCACGGAGCAGAAUCACAUUUCGUGGGACGCUAUCAAGAAGGCGACGGAUGAUAUACAACCACGUCACACCGGAAAGCAGGGCAUUGCGACGUUCGAGAACCAGAAGUUGCUGACGAUGGAUCGUUUGGCGACGCUGCAUAAAUCGAUCGAAACGUGUCCGUCCGAGGACACGCUUGCCGAUCCGCCGAAGCUGUUGAAGAUCGAACUGAUGAACCAUCAGCGGCACGCGUUGGCCUGGAUGCUUUGGCGCGAGACGCAGAAACCGCGUGGUGGCAUUCUGGCGGACGAUAUGGGGCUGGGAAAGACGUUGAGUAUGAUUUCGCUCGUGCUCAAGUCGGCCGAACUCGAUCCGGACGGGGAUUUGCUCGGUCAGGACAGUGCCAGCGAGGACGACUUGGAGGGAAGUCUCAAAGCGAAGAACAAUAAUGGCUGGAAGGCGAAGGGACGAAAAGAUUUCUACGCCGGAGGUACGCUGAUCGUGUGCCCGGCCUCGCUGAUGCGCCAAUGGGAGGCGGAAAUUACGAAUCGCGUCAAGCGCAACAGUUUAGCAGUGAGCGUACACCAUGGAACGCAGCGCGAAACGAAGCCACGCUACCUGGCCAAGUACGAUGUUGUGAUAACGACGUACAAUAUUGUGUCGCGCGAAAACAAGGACGAGUCGCGCGCCGGAGGCGGUGUGUUCGGUGUGUCCUGGGAGCGUAUCAUACUGGACGAGGCGCACGUCAUCCGCAACCACAAGAGCGUCAUGUCGGAGUCGUGCUGUGCGUUGAAGGGACGUUGCCGCUGGGUCCUUACCGGAACGCCGAUCCAGAACAAGGAGAUGGACGUGUACGCGCUGAUGAAGUUCUUGCGCUGUUCGCCGUUCAAUGAUCUGGUACACUGGAAGCGCUGGAUCGACAACAAGACCGCGGGUGGCGCAAUGCGGCUCAACACGAUCAUGAAGUCGAUCAUGCUGCGGCGCACGAAGAAGCAGCUGCAGGAGCGCGGUUCGCUCAACAGUCUCCCGCAAAAGACGGUUGAGCUGAUCGAGGUGCAGCUGGAGAAAGAAGAAAUGAACGUCUAUCAGAAAGUGCUGCUGUACUCGAAGAGUUUGUUCGCUCAGUUCCUCCAUCAGCGGGCGGAAAAGGAGCAAGCGAGUAACUACAUAUACGGCGGCAACCGUCCUACGUUCGCUCAGCGUGGCGCUCCUAAUGGGGCAUUCGAUAAGGUGCACCAGAAGCUAAAACGCAUGCACGGUGAUGGCAGCGAAGUGCAACAGCAUCAGAUCUUGGUGUUACUGCUACGCCUUCGGCAGAUCUGUUGCCAUCCGGGUCUUAUACAUCAGAUGCUCUCGGACGACGAUGACGCCGACAAGAGCAAUCUGAACAUGUCCAGCAUUGACGCCGAUUGCGGUGACGCGAAUGAGGUAGAUCUGCUUGGGCAACUGAACAAACUCAAACUGUCCGAUGUAAUCGCCGAGCACGAGGCGAAGACGAAUGCGGCCAACGGGGAAGCCGGGGAGGUUUCGUUGGAUUUGCUCGAGGAGUUUGAUCGCCCGGAGGUGAUGGCAAAAGCGCUAACGAAAGUGAUGCUACGAUCGAACCCAGUGUUUCGAAUGGACCGCUCCAGCUCCAAGAUUGAGCGGGUGAUGCAGCUGUUGGAGGAGAAAAUUUUCUCCACCGACGAUAAGGCGAUUAUUGUUUCCCAGUGGACGAGCAUGCUGGAGAUUCUCGGGCAGCAGCUAACGCGGCGACACAUUCACUACGUUUCACUCACGGGAAAAGUUCCGGUGAAGCUGCGCAACGACAUCGUGGUGGAGUUUAACAAACCAACUGGAAAAGCAAAGAUUAUGCUCCUCUCGCUGACGGCCGGUGGCGUCGGGUUGAAUCUCGUCGGUGCGAACCAUCUAUUCCUGCUCGAUCCACACUGGAACCCGCAGCUCGAAGCACAGGCCCAGGACCGUGUGUACCGCGUGGGACAAACGAAAACCGUGUACAUUUGGAAGUUUAUGUGCGUCGAAACGGUCGAGCAGAAGAUUCUCGCCCUGCAGCAGCACAAGCUGGGCAUAGCGGAAGGCGUACUGACCGGCACGGCGAACAAGGGCAGCAAGCUGACGAUGGACGAUCUGAAGUCGCUGUUUGGGCUGUAGUGUUUGGGUGGCCAGACGCACAGACACGACCCAGCCUACUGUGAUAGUUCGAUUUUUUUUACCCUUGGUGGCUUGUGGAUGAGGUCCAGUCGUGGCCGCAGAUUGCAUGGAGUGCAAACGUGAAUGUUACUCAACGGAAUGAAUGUGGAUAAAUGGUCUCCUUACGACGGUAAACCAUCGAUAAUGAUUAUUUUAUACUUAAUAAACUGUUCCGCCUCUCUCAUCGUACGAAGCACAACACGAAUGUAGGAACGGUAUUGAAAUGAAACAUGACUAAUUUGAUUUAUUUGCUCACUA